AUGUCUCAACAAAAGCUUUACUUAGCCCCCGAGAACGAAACAACCUCCGACUUUGCCCCCAAACCACUAUUCUUCUUCCUCGGUGACUCGAUCACCGAGCAAGGCAUUGACCCAGCGAGGGGCGGCUACAUCCCGGUGCUGCAGAACAAGGUGUCACGCUCGGCCGACGUCGUCGCGCACGGACUUUCGGGCUACAACACAAGAUGGCUGCUCAAGUACGCAACUCCGGUCGUAGAGGACGAGAUCAAAACCUACACGUACACCCCAACGCUCGUCACGAUCUGGUUCGGCACAAACGACGCCGUCUUGCUUAACGGAAGCAGAUCAGAGAAGCACGUCCCGGUCGAAUCCUACAAGGAGAAUCUGGCGACAAUCGUGCGCAAAUUUCAAGCACUCCUCCCCAGCGCCGACAUCCUUCUGGUCACACCACCGCACGUCGAUGACGAAAACAGACGCAAACAUGCCGAAGAAGAGUCGGGCAAGUGGAAGGGGGUAGUGGAUCGAUCCAACGCCAGGUCGGGGAUUUAUGCUCGUGCGUGCGUCGAGACUGCCAACGACAUCGGCAUCCCCGUGCUGGACUUGUACUCGCACUUCAACGCCAUGCCCGAGUCGACUCGCAAUCCGCUACUCUGGGACGGCUUGCACUUCACUGCGGAAGGCCACGAAAUCGUGAGCGAGCUGCUUCUCACCAAAUUCCAAAGCGAGUUCCCCGCUGUAACGAAAGCGCUCGAAUCGUGGAAGAUCAUCGGAUCCAAUGUCUUGUGCGAGACGGACCCAUGGGUCCCAGGGACUACAAACGAGACGCUAACGAGUUGA